GUUGUUUUUAGUGCACUGCCUUACCGACGCCCUACAAUAACAAAUGCAGAUUCCCUCAUAAUGGUAUUCACACUCCGCAAUCGUUAAUAACCGGUGGAAAUUACCAGACGCCGCGUAAAAUUCAAGAUUUGCCCGAAUUUAGCGGACAUGCGGAAGACUGGCCAUUGUUUUCCAACGCACUCAUCCAGUCAACUGCCGCCUAUGGUUACACUAACCUUGAAAAUAAUCAACGCCUGUUGAAAUAUUUGAAAACUGAAGCCAGAGAAGUGGUUAAAUCGUUGCUAAUCCAUCCGGAUAACGUAGCCAGUGUUAUGGAGCAGCUACAGUUUCGAUUUGGUCGACCGGAGUCGUUGAUACGCAGAAAGCUUCAACUAGUUAAAGAAAUUAAUCCGAUUUCCGAGUCCGCCAUUGAAAAACUUAUACCCUUUGCAACAAAAACAAAAAAUCUAUCUGUUUUCUUGCAGUCGGUGAAUGGAGUACAGCACCUGUCAAACCCAACGUUACUAGAGGAGCUGAUUAGCAAGCUUCAUAUUAGCAAACGAAUGGAUUGGGCAAGACAUGCCGCCGCGAUUAAGCCGUACCCAACUGUUGUCGACUUCAGCAACUGGCUCAGCGACUUGCCAAAUUUGGUUUGUACAUUGCAACAAAGUGAUAGUCGUCGGCGAGUAGUACUGCACGCCACGGAAAAUGGACCAAAGAAAUCCCAACUCUCUGGUAAGUGCCCAAUAUGUAAGGGACAGCACAAAAUCUAUGUAUGCCGAAAAUUUUUGGAUUCCUGCGUGACUGAUCGAUGGGCUCACAUAAAGCAAAACCGUCUGUGUUUCUCGUGCUUGAGAAGCGGCCAUUCGUCGCGUGAUUGCCGUAGUCGCACGCUGUGCAUGAUCGAUGGUUGUCAACGUAAGCACAACAGACGUCUGCAUGAGCCUAAUAAGGCCACCAGCGCUAUGCCUGCACCACAAAGCGGAAAGCAGAUGGUUGGUACCACUAACGUAAUGGAGUCAAUGUUGAGCUGUUCCUCCGAUGUAGCCAAUCGACAGGGGCUCUUGUUCCGCGUCUUGCCAGUAACGUUAUAUAGGCCGCGUAAACAAGUGGAUACAUUUGCGAUGUUGGAUGAAGGCUCGUCUAUCACGAUGAUGGACAGAAGUCUUUUGAAAGAGCUGGGUAUAAAUGGAAAGGAGUACAACUUGAAUAUGCAGUGGUUUGGAGGAAGAACUACCCAGGAGGCCACCACAGUAGUCAAACUGCGAAAUAAAGCUGUAGCGUCGUGGAAUGAAAGGCGAUGA